UACACUCCUUGUUAAAAUAAAACAAAUGUGUCUCCCGUCCCCCUCUUCACGUAAAGCCUAAAUGCCAACAGCAUGGCAGGUUAUGUGUUGUAAUACAAAUCUGCUGCUGAGCCAUGAGAUUGAACACCAGAGAAUUGGCGUUACCUCCGGUCAGAUGUGGUCAACAGCUUGGUGCUAGCAAUCCUCUCGUUAUCACUGCGUUAGUUGUUACUCCUUGACGGGGCAUCAUCCUUCAGACCUGUCCUGCAUCACCUGGCCCUUUGAGCCAAGCACACGCGCCUCAGCUCCUCCUCAGCGGGUCCUCGCUCGACUUGAUAAUGAGGUCGACGCAUUAUUAUUUCAAGGUUAUUUCCUAUUCUUUAAGGCCUUUAUAUUCAGAUCCUAUGGGAGUUCUUAUUUUCACGGCGUUGCUUUGGACCUUCAGUGGAGUGGGAUGCCUUCCUCUAUCCUCCUCUCUACAGGUUGGAAAGGUCGCUGACUGUAUUCAGGACUCUCUGAAGAGUAACGGCGGUGUGCCACAUUCUGGCUGUGACAAACGGAAAACAGGUGAUGCUGUCAACAGGCACCAGGGUCUCCUGAGAGAGCUGCAGGAGCUAGCCCAGGAGGGUCAGUCUGACUACGAGAGGGAAAAAGAGAGAGAGUAUGGGAGGGAGAACGAGCGAUAUGAGGAGAACCAGGCUGAGGGAGAGAGGGACAGAGAGGGGAGGAAGGAGGAGCAGAAUAAUGACAAGAAGGAGACUGAGAAAGAAGAACUGAGAGAGAAAAAGACUAAGGCAGAGAGGGUAGAGGAGGAGGAGAAGGUGGAGAUGAAGGACAGAACAAAUGAGGAGAUAAGGGAAGCGCCCAGACUGGAGGACAAAAGGUGGGAUGAGGAAGAGAGCGCCAAAGAGCUGGAGGAGCUCCUCGCAAAGGAGAUGAGGAAGAUAGGAGAGGAGGAAAAAGAGGACAGGGAGCUUGAGGAGCUGCUCAAGGAGCUGAAGAAGAAAAGGUACGAGUCGGUGAAGGAGAAAGAGCUCCAGAGUGGGUCAGAAGCAGAGGAGGAGAGGAAGAAGGAUGAGGAGGAGGAGCAGAAAAAGGGAGAGAAAGAGCAGCUAGAUAUUCUUGAGAAGGAAGAGAGGAAACACAGCGAGGAGAGGAAGAACAACGAGGUGGAGCUACUGGUGGAGAAAGGGAAGGUGGAGCGGGAGCUCAAGGAGCUGCUGGAGGAACAGGACAGCAUGAAGAAUGUGGAGAAGGAGAAAGAGAGGGAGGAAAAACAGGAGGAACUGGAGGAGCUCCUCAAAAAGAUGAAACGUGUGCAAGAGGAGGAGGAGCGAGAAGAGGAGGAGAGGAAGAGAGGGAAUGCCGGGGAUGAGGCGAAAGUGGACAAAGAGAGCCAGAAGGAGGGAGAGAUUCACAAGGAAUUGGAGAAGGUGAAAGAAAGAGAGAGUGAGAAGGAGGUUAAGGAGCCUCAGCAGAAGAGAGUGAUGGAGAAAGCGAGUGAUGAGUCGACCCGUCAGUUUGAAAAGGAGAGGAACAGGGACGAUGAUGACGACGAUGAUGAAGAAGCAGAUGAGGAAGAUGAGGAUGAAAACAAUGAGGAUUGGGAAGAGGAGGAUGAGGACAAAAAGGAGGAUGUUGAGGAGGAUGAAGGAGCGGAGCUUCUGGAGAUUGAGGCAGAGCUGCGAAAAGUGGCUGCAGAGCUUCGGGAGCUUCACAGGAGUCGGUGGCGCCCCAGCUCUUCUCCCAGCUUUGCACUCUUAUCUUAACCAGCCAAGGAAUUCUAAAGAGAGGAGCGACUACACUAAAGCCAUUUCCAGUAUUUGGUCAUAAUAAUCAAUGACUGUUCUAAAAUGUUGUUUUUAAGUUGGUAAGAUAUUGAUAUUCAUCGUCGUCGUUUUCAUAGUUUGUGAUCUCCACUGUUACACAACCAUGUUGGAAUAAGAAAUGUUAGGAAACAGUUCCCCCACAUUUUUAAUCAAUAUAAGUGCAUUAUGUGCUAUACAGUUGAAUGGUUAAUAACAUAGGUGGAGGAACAACAAUAACUGCAAUACAAGAAUGAGAAUAAGAAGUCAGCUUAUUAAAACCUAUAAAGCUAUAACAAUGUACAUAUUAAAAACAAAUGAUGAUGAUUUUCUGUAAAUGUGCUUUGUUAUGUCAUUAAACUGCAUCAUGAAUAGACUUUUAAAUAUAAACACUCCUUUUCUAUCUAACAUUAAUUUACAAUUAUAAACUGGGUGGUUUGAGCCCUGAAUGCUGAUUGGCUGACAGCCGUGGUAUAUCAGACCAUAUACCACGGUAUGAUAAAACAUUUAUUUUUACUGCUCUAAUUACAUUGCUAACCAGUUUAUAAUAGCAAUGAGGCACCUUGGGGGUUUGUGGUAUAUGGCCAACAUACCACCGCUAAGGGCUGUAUCCAGGCACUUUGCGUUGCGUUGUCCUUAAGAACAGCCCUUAGCCGUGGCACAUUGGCCACAUACCACUUCCCCUCGGGCCUUAUUACUUAAUUAUAUAACACUGGUAACUGUUGGGACUCAUAGGAAACUAAUAUAAAACACAUCAACACCAUGUAAGAAGUCAAACAGGCUACUCACUACAUGUUGUGAGAUUUACUCAAGAAUGUAUACAAUUUCAACAUUUAGAAAUGUAUUAACCAAAUGAAUUUUACCAGCAAAUGGUUGUGGAUUGUAAGUGGGAUGUAAAGGACAAAUUAGUGGAAGUCAACAUUUGUAAUUGUACUGGCCCAAUCAGAGUCCUGCAUCUGUGCCUACUGUGUCUUAUAUGCUACAUGUCAAUCAAUAAAAGCACAGUGUAUAAUA